AUGGGACGUUGUCGACAUGAAUCUCGGCCUGUCCACGGUGGCGACGUUCCCCUCUCGGGCCUCACGGCCUCACCUCGUCAAAGCUCCGCCGCAGCCGCAUGCACCGCGGAAGCUCAACCUGUCGCGUCAAUCCGACGUCCCAGCCACGGUGCGUUCAAGGCCCUUCUGCGGCUGGCGCCCGGCGAGGAAUCGUCCUGCUCGUACCCGUGCUCGCACCCGUAUCAUCUCGCGCUCGAAGAGUAUUUCGUCUUGGCAAAACGCCACAGCGUCCGAUCUUCAGAUGACAAGCAGCCAUUGACGGACCCUCUCGCGGGUUGCCUGGGCCAGGCAUCGAGCAUUCGACGGCGGACGAGAGAGAAGCCCGGCACGCUGGCGCGACUCCACCUUCUCCAGCUCCCGUCGGUUCAGCGCGCCGUCGAGCCCCUCGACGAGUGGACACCAUGUCGAGUACGCCAAGGGGCCCAUGCCAUGAUUGGCGGCAAGGGUCGCCGUCUGAGAGCUGACGGCUCGCUAGCGAUGGGCCAGUCACCAAGCACCGGACGCGCGCACUGGCUCCCUCCUGACGAUGAACGACUCGAGGUUAAAUCAACGAUAGUGUUCGGAAACGACGGGUCCAGCAAACUCUGUUCCCCGCCGUGCUUGCGACGAGCAUAA